CGCAACCUACGGCGCAACCGAUAGGAGGCGGUUUUAUUCUCGGCCGCCGAGUUCCGUAGCCAUUUUGGCUCAAGCGUUCGCACGCCUUGCCAGGGUCGGCCGUCCGUGAUGGCUGCUCGCGGCGAGGCUAGAGGGGCUCUGGCUGCGGCCGAUGGCGCGGUGCUCGUCGCUGCCGCCGUCCGCGCUGCGGUCGACGCAGGCGCGCCGCGGCGCACCGCGGGCGCGGUCGCGCGCUCGGCCAUCUCCGCCGUGGCAUUCGCCAUGGCGUCGAGGAUGGCCGGGCCUGCUGCUGCUGGCGGUGCCGCGGCGGGCGGCGACAAGGAGGCGGAGCGGCGCCGUCGGCGGCGCGCUGCCUUGAAGGCGAGGCGGCUGGGGGGCGGGCGCGGCGCGGCUGCUGCGGAGCCCCCUGCAGGGCGCGGUGCUGGACGCGAAGGUGGUUUCGAGCGGGCGGGGGAGGUGCCUGCGGCGGUGCGCGCCGCGGCGGAGCCCUCGGAGUUCGCGGACGACCUCAUGGGCGGCGACGCGGACAGCCUCGACGACGAGUGGGCCGACGCCCCCAUGCCCCGUGCGCGGCGGCGGAGGCGGCGCAAGGCCCCUCGUGGGGUGGGCUCGGCGGCGGCGGCGGAGCCGGGCGCGGCGGCUGCGGGCGCGGCGCCGGCGGCUGGCGGAGCUGACGCUGCUCGGGGCGCUGGCUGGCGCGCCUUGCGGCGCGGCGAUGCGGCGGUUGAGGCGGAGGCCGAGGCGGAGGAGUUCCUCCGCAGGCUUGGAGCCGACCUCGAGGUGCCCUUCCCCGCCGCGCGGGGCUUCCUUCCGAGCGACCCCGCGGCGAUCCACAGCGCGCUCGCCCAGACGGAGCGCCUCGAGGAGCUCCUCUCGGGCGGCGGGCUUGGGCCUCUCGCAGGCCUGCGGGGCGGAGCGAUGCGGUAGGCGGCCGCCGCUCCCCAGGGCGUUGCGGCCACGCCUGAGACGUCGGCCGAUGGCCCUCCCGCCUCCUCGUCGGCUUCGCGCUCGAGGCCGCGUGCGGGGUGGGCUUUGCUGGACGGGCGUGCUGCGCGCCCUGAGGCUGCAGAGGAA